AGUCGCUGAUAGGGGAUUUUUUAUGAUACUUACAGAUAAAAGAUAGCAAUCUCAUAUAAAUCAGUAUCAAUAUAUUACCAGAAAAAAAUAAUACUGAAAUCUAGCGGAUACGGCGAAACGCACUGAUGAUCAUAAACCCGCAAACCCUGUUUAUGACUCGAGGCCGAUGCUAAUCACGUGAUCACCAUACCGCCAUUUUAUUGGAUAUACAAAGAAGAAUCGUGAGUGGUUGAGAGACUGAGAAGACAUUUUCUAUUCGUCGUGAAUUUGUCAGCUGGAUCCAAUCAGAAGCAUUUGGGAAUCUAAAAUAUCUGAAAUCGUGCAAUAAUGAUGGAUGGUCGGGAUCAAAUAACUGGACUACAAGCUCAUUUACUACAAGCAAGUGGAAAUGGUAGUCAAAUGCUUCAGAUAAAUGGUCAGAAUGUCCAAAUCGUUACUAUGAAUGUAAAUUCAUUACUUGGACAACAACAACAACAGCAGCAACAACAACCUCUGGUUUUGCAAGCUGGAGUUGGAGGAGAUGAAACAAUACAACAAGCACCUGCUAAUGUACUGAAUGCAGGUGCAGGAAAUGUGUUUCAACUUGUGCAAGGUCCUGGUGGAAGUCUACAAUUGCAACCCACUGGUGGAAAUGGACAAGUCGUUGUACAGACACAACAGGAAACUGCACCAAGUCAACCGACAGCAUCUCAAUUGUUAAUGCAAAGUGCAGCUGCUGAAACUUCCAAUAUAUCGGCGCAAACAUUACAGCUGGGAGGAGGACUCCAGUCUGGUGGUUCUGUAAUAUUGCAAACUGUUAAUAACAAUGCAACAAUUCCCAAUGUUCCUGGUUUGAAUCUAUCGUCUGCAAAUGUUAAUGUUGGUGCUCUACAGAAUGCUGGUGUUAUUAUGAUGAUACCAACUGGUACUGGUGGGUUUCAGCGAUUACAGUUGGGUAACAUGGGAGGUGCAGAACAAUCAGAGGAAGAACCUUUAUAUGUAAAUGCAAAACAAUAUCAUAGGAUACUGAAAAGAAGACAAGCCAGGGCAAAACUUGAAGCUGCCGGGAGAUUACCAAAAGAAAGAAAGAAAUAUUUGCACGAGUCUAGACAUAAACAUGCAAUGAAUAGGAAUCGGGGUGAUGGAGGGAGAUUCAAUUCGGGUCUGGGAAAAGAAGACUCACUACCAGAGAUUGCACAACACUAUCGAAGAAGUGAUUACAAGUACAGACCUCAAACUGGAACAUCUAUUAUGAAUCAACAACGUAUAUCGAUUGCACCCACGGUAGCAGAUAGUGGAAAUCUGGGAGGAAUUGUCACAAACUCUAACAAUCAGAAUAUUUUGGUUUCAUCAAACCAAAUGUUUGUUUCUCCAGAUCAGCUAAGCACUAUUAUGAGUGCACAAGACACUGAUGAAGAUGUUUUGGGGAGGCUUAUUGGUCAAGCAAAUAAUGGCAAUGCUAUCCAUAACUUAGCCAUCUCACAACCAUUAGAACUUCAAACUGGCCAACAUCAACAGAUUGGCAGCCAAUCAAAUUUUGUUUUGAGUUCUUCCACAUCGAUCGGAACUGUGUCAGCCUCCACUAAUAUUAUGUCUGAUUCGUCAAAAUCACAAGCAUCUAAUCUGUUAUUUAAUCUAGCUAAUAUUUCAAAGAGUUGAAUUUCAAUAGUCAGGGGUUGCCAAAACCGAAUAUAUCACUGUUUCUGAUAUAUUUUGAGAAUAUAUUUUUAAAUAUGAAAUAUCGAAUACAUUCUAAAUUAGGGACAAGUGAAAAAUUUAUAAUGAAUAUAUCUCCAUGUUGAUCAUAUCUAAAACAACAUGAAAAAAAAAGUCAUUGUUUUCUCUGUACUGUUUGUUACCAGUUGAGAUAUCGAACGUUUUGAUCUGCUUGUCCGGUGGCUCCAAAACCCUAACUUUUGAACAAAAAUAUGCUAAACUAUUCCUAAGUUUGAAAAUUUACCAUAUCAAAUAUAAUGUAUUCGAACAUUCGCGUUGUUUUGAACAUCCCUGGUUGUUGUUGUCAGUUUUAAGUUUUAACCAUGUUAGUCUUACUAUCUUCUGCACAGGAUACACUGUUAAAACUUGUAUAAUUUUCAAAAAUUUGUGCUGCCCUAUUUUUUUAUCUAGUUGAUAGCGUCUUGAAAAAAUCGUUUCACAAAAAAUAGUUGGUAGAUUGUUGCCUCUCUUAACCAUGUUUAAUUUUGAAUAGUAUUGGAAUUGGUUGAAACUAUACUGAUAUUUACAAAACGCUAAUCUUAUCAGAGGAGCUUCCAUAAUUUGAAUAAUUUGUUUCCAUAAGUACAAGAUUUUAUUGAGGUUUACGAAUGUAAUGUAUUAUUAUGCCGCCAUAGAAAUUUUUUGCUAUGAAAAUGCCAAAUUAGUGUUGAUUUUCUAUCUUGUAUCUGCUUUCAAUCAUACUCUGGGUGAUUCUAGUAUAUAAAUACUUUCAUUGCUUGCUUCUUGGUGCCCAUAAGCAAUCAGCCUCUCAGCUUCCUUCUCUUUUUCAAAAUCUGUUUCAUUGUUAUAUGUUGUCGUAGAUUUUUUAACUUGUGUUAUUGUGACAUCUUCUGAAAUAAAUAUUUUGAGAUAAAUGUG